AUGGAGAAUCUCAUGAAUACAUCCAUCACGGCUGUGUUGGGUCCGCCACCAGCAAAUGUUGACCUUAGGCAAAACCGGACAUGGAGAGACAAUGCUGCUGUUAUCACCAUCUCCGUUAUUGCGGUAAUCGCCGUUGCGAUCAGAUUUAUUGUGAGACUCCAGAGCCAAAAGCCAAGACCCUUUCUGGACGAAUGGCUUAUUGCGGCGACUUUGGUUCCUAUGUUGGCCCUUUUGGCUGCCUCAUUAGCCGGUGGCCAUUAUGGAAUGGGAAAGCAUGUCUGGCUUGUGACAAUUGGUGCCAUGGUGAAAAUGAAGAAGAUCUUAUUCACCUAUCUUUUCGUCUACCUAUUUGAGCUGUUCCUCAUCAAGAUCUCUAUCUUGGCCUUUUACCGCCGCAUCUUUGGGCGAAACUGGUCGAUUUGGAUUUGCCUGUUUCUAACAACUGGAUGGACAGUGGGAAGCAUGAUUGCCCUCCUGGUUAGCAGUGACCCGGUUGCUUAUUUCUGGACAUCAACCUACAACUCAAAGGGCGGUCAUUAUCGAUACAACUUUUACAACUACUAUAUCGGAAAUGCAGCCGCCAAUGUCGUUAUUGAUGUCUUGAUUCUUCUCAUCCCGGUCCCGGUGGUCUGGAGAUUGAAGUUGCGAGUUACUCAGAAGAUCAUGAUAACUAGCGUCUUCUUUAUGGGUGUGUUUGUCUGUAUCGCCAGUAUCGUGCGACUCCACUACCUGACAUAUCUCAAGGGAACCCUAGAUAUCACAUGGGUGAUGAGCAAUGUCUACGUCUGGUCCACCGUGGAACCUUGCCUUGGCAUAAUCUGCGCGUGUUUGCCAGCGCUCCAACCACUCAUCCAAUCAUUCAUGAAGGCAGAACAUCUACUUUAUCUUCGAAAGAGGAUACGUCACAGCAAGAAAAUGAGUCAAGUCAAUCGGUUGCGAGAGCAUAUCAGCAACACUAGCAGUAGUGACAACAGCCAUAGUCGAUCGGACACUAUGGAUUCUUUUGACGGCAAGCCCGAGCUGGGCUUGCGAGCUCAUGAUGAUGAAGUUCAUCUUACAUCGUGCGUGGCUCAGGCCGAGUCGGAUAGGUGUCGUAAGGAAAGGGAGAAUUUGGAGGAGUUUCUAGGUCCUAUGUUUAUUCGUGUGGAGCAUGAAGUUGAAUGGACGGUGGAUCGCUCAUAG